UGAAGAAAAUUAGUUAGAAAAUUAGUUUAUUCAUAAAAUGUCGGAGGAAAUUCUGUUUGACUGCCUGCACGCCGAGAUAGUCAACUAUUGUCUGGAUAGCAACAAGGAGCACGACUUGGCAACAUUGGAAUACAUUGGCUUCACCACGGGAUAUCGUUUGAUAGAGCGUCUUACGCGCGAGGUUGCCCGAUUCAAGGAUGAGCUGGAGACCAUGAAAUUCAUCUGCACCGAUUUCUGGACCCUCAUCUACAAGAAACAGGUAGACAACUUGCGGACGAACAAUCACGGCAUGUAUGUGGUGCAGGACAAGGCAUUCCGCUUCUUAACUCGCAUCUCGCCGGGCACCAAGCAACUGGAACAUGCGCCCAAGUUUGUGGCCUUCACCUGUGGCCUGGUGCGCGGAGCCCUCAGCAAUCUGGGCAUCAACAGCACCGUCACCGCCGAGGUGCAGAGCAUACCGGCCUGUAAAUUCCACAUAGAGGUGAACAGGAGCUAGAGUAUUAAAGGGCGGUGUUUUAUUUUGUUUACAAUUAAAGUUACUAUAAACUAGA